AUAACGAUAUCGAUAAUCUUGCAGAGUUUAUUUGCUAUAUAAUCACUAUUUUGUACCCCACUCUUUUUAUAUGGAAGUACGGUAUGGUAUGCUAUUCGGUGGAAGUACAGUAUACCCGCUCAAUGUGAUGACGAAGUGAGUGGAAUUGAAAGGUAGAAAGCCUCGUUAUACUUAAGAAGGCGGAUCGAAGUUCUGGAUAAAUAGAUUCUUUUAUUGUAUGUUACUUUUAUUGCAAUUAGUAAGAGCAAAUUGUUUUAAAUAUGAGGUUUUUUAGUAACUAUUGCAACAACAAUGUCCGUUUGAUUGGAAAAACUGUAAUUAUAACAGGUGCAAAUUGUGGAAUUGGGAAAGAAACAGCUAGGGACAUAUAUAGAAGAGGUGCUCGAGUGAUUUUGGCAUGUCGUGACAUUAAUAAAGCAACAGAAGCAGUGAAUGACAUAAAAGAAACUACGUCAAGUGCCGGUGAGAAAAACCCUGAAGAUAAACCAGGACAAUUAGUAAUUUGUCAGUUGGAUCUCAGUAGUUUAACAAGCGUUAAGAACUGUGCACAGCACCUUUUAAAAACUGAACCGGCCAUCCACAUAUUAAUUAAUAAUGCAGGAGUAUUCUUGCAUCCGUUUGAAAAAACUGAGAAUGGUUUCGAAACUCAUAUUCAAGUGAAUCAUUUGGCACAUUUUCUUUUAACACUUCUACUGUUACCAAGAAUAAUAGAAUCUGGACCAGGUUGUAGAAUAAUUAAUGUUUCAUCAGCUGCACAUUUGGGUGGUAAUAUACAUUUUGAAGAUUUAAAUUUGGAACGUUCUUACUCACCUGUUAGAGCUUAUUGUCAAAGUAAGCUGGCCAAUAUUUUAUUUACUAAAGAAUUGAACAAAAUGUUAAUCGCUGAAAUUCAAGGCAUACACGUAUAUUCUUUACAUCCUGGAGUAGUGAAAACAGAAUUGUGUCGAUAUAUGGAUGCAUCGUUUUUCCGAGGUAUGACAUCAAUUGUAAGGUUGAUCCAGCCUUUCAUGAAAACUGCUGAACAGGGUGCUCAAACGACUUUAUAUUGUGCUGUAGACGAAAAUGCAGGAAAAGAAAGUGGUCUAUAUUAUGACAACUGCAGAACAGCAAGACCCUCGUCAAAGGCUUGUAACACUGAAUUAGCAACCCGAUUGUGGAAACGUAGUUGUGAAUUGCUCGGUUUGCCAUCGGAAGUAGGGUUUCAAGAACUACUAAAAACAAUCAGUAAUGAAGAAGUUGAACAAUAAGAAUAUGUUUAUAAAAUUAUAUGUUUAUACUACACUACAUUAGCAUUCUAAUAAAAGUGAAAAUUGUAUACAA